GUUUGUGUUCAACUUUCAAUCUGAUCGGGUGUCUAAAGAAAAACUUAAAAAAAUGGUUUUUGCGUGGAUUUUAGCUAUAGUUGCUUCUAUUUUGUACUUCAUCAAAAAGCUUGUGGAUGGAAAUGUGAAUCCAAAAAUUUUCUAUAAACUUUUAGGCCGAUAUCGACAUAUUCUGCCACCAAUAUUAAAAUUCUGUUUUAAAGAUAAAAGUGAAGAUAAAUUAAAUCGAUUUAAAUAUGUCCACAAAAUAUUUCCGCGGUAUCUUAGAAUGAAAUUUCUUAAUUUUGAUGUAAUAACAGUUUACGAUCCGGAAUUGUGUAAAAAGAUUUUCAAUUCACAACUUGCUUGUCAGCGACCUUUUAGAAAUUGCCUUCAACUGGAGUAUGGACUAUUAGCAUCAACAUAUCAUUACUGGAAAACAUCACGUAAACAUUUAAAUGUUGCCUUCAAUCUAAAUGUCCUUAAAGGUUUCAUUCCAAUAUUUGACUCUUAUGCUGUUAAUGUUGUUAAUGAUAUGAAAAGCCAUUUGGGUGGAAAGGAAUUUGAUUUGUUACAUCCACUGGCAAAACUUGCAGGCACAACUGUUGCAGCUACAACGCUUAAUGCACAUGGAGUUGAAGCUUCUCCAUCUGAAGUUACAAAGUUGAUAGAUUCUAUUAAUCUAUCUCUAGAUCUUCUAUUUAAAAGGAUUAUCACUCCAUUCUGGACCUUUGACUCCAUUUACAAAUUCACCAAAAAUUAUAAAAUUGAAAAUGAAGCUCGAAAGUUCACUGUUGAUUAUGGACUUGAAUUGAUAGCUGCUGCCCGAAAGAGAAAAAUUUUGGAAGAUAAGAAAAUCGAUGAAAAUGGCAACGAUUGUGAAAAAAAACCUGCGAAGGUUAAUUACAUUAUCGAUCAAUUGGUAAAUCACGAAGAAAAAUUUACUGAUCAAGAAAUUCAAGAGCAUCUAAUGGUUAUAUUGAUAACAGCGUCCGAAACAACAGCAAAUUUAGUUGCAACUACAAUCAUUUAUCUUGCAAUUUAUCAAGACAUCCAACAAAAAGUUUAUGAAGAAAUUUUUCAAGUAUUCAAUGAUGAAAAUAUUGAAGUAGAUUACGACAACAUUGGGUCGCUUAAAUAUCUGGAAAUGGUAGUCAAAGAAACUCUUCGACUGUUUUCACCAAUUCCAAUUUCGGCUCGUGAAACCAUAGAUGAAUUUGACAUUGGCCUUGAUAAACCGUUGGCUAAGGGAGCUAAAAUUGUACUUUUAAAUUACGUGUUACAUCAAAGAACAGAUUUAUGGGGAGAAGAUGCCGAUAAAUUUGAUCCUGAAAGAUUUUCACCAGAAAAUAUGGCAAAAAGAGAUCCUUACUGUUUCCUGCCAUUUGGUGCUGGUCCUCGCAUGUGUAUUGGAAAUCGUUACGCUAUGUUGACGGUGAAGAUUGAAAUCAUGAGAUUGAUAAAGGCUUAUCGAUUUAGUACGAGUAUCAAAGAGGAAGAAAUGAAGAUGAAACUUUCAUUUACAGGAAAAAUGUCUAAAAAACACAUGGUUACAAUAGAAGAGAGAAAAUAAUUAAAUAUUUUUAAUUAAAUUUAUUUAUAAGAAUAUAACCAAUAAGAUUUAAUCAAGGGUUAAAUAAAUAAUUUUCUAAACCAC